AUGGGCAAGGUUGAGCGGCUGAUUGCCGCCAAGGAGAAGAGCGGGAAGACCUUCAGCCAGAUCGCCAACGAGGUCGGCCUGACCAACGUGUACACCGCCCAGCUGUUCUACAACCAGCAGCAGCUGCAGCCCAACACCGUGGCCGCGCUGCGCAAGGCGGUCCCCGCGCUGACGGACGAUGAUGUGGCGGUGAUGCAGCGCGUGCCGCACAGGUCGUUCAGCCCAGAGGUCCUGCAGGAGCCCUCCCUGUACCGGGUGUACGAGGCGCUCUGCCACAGCGGCGACAGCAUCAAGGCGCUCAUCAACGAGCACUGCGGGGACGGCAUCAUGAGCGCAAUUGGGUUUUACGCGACGGUGGACAAGGCGGUGGGCCUUGAGGGGGAGCCCCGCAUCAUCAUCACCUUCAAUGGCAAAUUCCUGCCUUACACCGAACAGAAGGUGGGCCGUGCUGGCAGUCGACUGCUGCUCGGGGCUGCCAGCCCGUGA